AAUGAGAGCGCAGACUAUAAAUACGACGCCCCGCGCGCCGCUCCCCGGCGCACGCCCGCGCUGUUGACCCUCACCUACUACCCUCCACAGUGCGGUUUAUUUCCGCAGAGCCGCCUGCGCCGGCGCUAGUACUAAAAUUGCUUGUGACGAGAAUUAUUCAGAUGCACACCAACAGAAAGAACAUUUUUUUAUAAAUCUACCGCAUGUGGCCCAUCCACAACCCGCUCUUUCCGGUCCAUGUUCAAAUUGCAGUGCAACAAUAUAUAACAUAAUGUUCAGUUGUACUGGUAAAACAGUUAGCCCUCUGCUAUAAAAAAACAGACGAGUGUCGUUGGUCCGUAAGAGCCACGAUAUCACGAUAUCCCGAUAUUUCUAAACGCGAGAAGUUACAUAAUCACCUAAAUAUCACCGUUAUAUCCGCUGUAACAAGCCCCCAUUUCUUAGCUCUACAAACUUUGGCCCAAAGUAACAUUUACUUUCGGUAGUUAUUAAUAUUUCAAUCGCCAUCCCAUUCCCCAUAUUAGUUCCCAGUCUCCAUAACCAAGAAGCCAGACUCCUAGACAUCCUACCUAUACCUACCGUAUAUCAUACAAAUAUUAAUAACUUCAUUGCAUCUUUUUGAAAUGUUGUGACUCUAUCUCUGACUCUGGGUUAGUCGAUCAAAAAAUUUGUUAUACCUACCUAGGUUCGAUAUAACCAAUCCAAUCUGUUAAACAGCUCAUUAUAGAUAGAUAUAGCUAUAUACAAUAUUUAAAAACAUCCCUUCUGUUAUACUGCUCAAUAUUGCGACGUCCUGGAAAAUGGAUAUGUCGGCGAUACGAGGUCGCGACGUAUCGAAUGAGGUCAUGUCGAGGGAACAUAAAAUCCCUCGCCUAGUCAUUCCCGAGCGGAGUGACUCACCUUUUUUGCAGGAUAGCGCAUAUUGUGUAGUUAAUAUAUUGGCAAUUAAAAAAAAACUUUGGCUGAAAGCUGGAAAAUCCUUCACUACUACCAUAUACUAAUGCAAUUUUCAUUAAUAUGUCUGCUUCUCUUUACUUUCGACUAACCUGUCUCUUUGCCGUUGGUACCUAAUUACAUGAUUACAUUUACAAUAAUUGUUUCUUCCUUAGCAUAAUCUCGCAAGCGCCGUGGAUCGAGGACGAAAUUAUAUCCUAUCGUUUGAAUGUGCAGCCUGUCAGCACUGGCGCGCGGCUGCCGGCCCGCGCCCGCCGCCAAGCCGUGCUGUCUCUGCUGGUGCUGCUGCUGCUCCUGUUCCUGGGCAAAGUGCCUGGCGGCGCGCGGCUCGGAGGGCGGGCCGGGCAAGAAGCCGCGCGAGCCCGGGCCGCACGACCCGCUGCUGGCUGACGGCGACGCGCCGCCGACCCUUGAGGAAAUUCAGAGCUGGGGCCAGUCGUUCGACCGGCUCAUGCGAAGUGCAGCGGGACGCAAGGUGUUCCGGGACUUCCUGCGAGGCGAGUACAGCGAGGAGAACAUCAUGUUCUGGCUCGCGUGCGAGGAGCUCAAGCGCGAGACCGACCCCGACGCCGUCGAGGAGAAGGCGCGCUUCAUCUACGAGGACUAUAUCUCUAUCUUGUCACCGAAAGAGGUUUCUCUGGACUCGCGUGUGCGGGAGGUGGUGAACCGCAACAUGGUGGAGCCGACGCCGCACACGUUCGACGAGGCGCAGCUGCAGAUCUACACGCUGAUGCACCGCGACUCCUACCCGCGAUUCGUCAACUCGCCGCUGUACAAGGCACUGGCGCGGCUCUCCACGGCUGAGUCGCCUGCCCCUCCCCCCGCGCCGGCCGCCGCCGCGCCCGCGCCUGCGCCUCCCGACACUGCGCCGCAGUGACGUCAGCCGCGGCGACGCGCGGCGCGUGCCCGCUGAGCAGCCGCGGACCAGAGCUAUCGAGACCCCAUCGGGAUACUAGUGUCCUCGUCGAAAAUAUUUUCUAUUCUGUAUAUAGCCUCGAUAUACUUUAAUUAAACGGGUACUAAUUUUGUAUAUAGCUAGGUUAAGUGUAAGAGUAGGUGCGCUGCGGUUCGCCGCCGCGGCAACUUCGCUGGUCCACCGGCUGCACCCGCGGGCCGGCCCGGCGUCUUCGCCGGCGGCCGGGUCGAGCUCGCGAGGCGGCGCGCGUCUCCGGGGCUCGCCUCACCGUCGCCGUCGUCAUCCCUCUCCCGUUUCCUUAUCGAUGCACUUUCUAGUUAGAAGCAAUAAAAGGUGGACCAAUUAAGUUUGCCGGAGAGUCAACGAAUAAAUUUGUUCAUGUAAAAUCAUUGUU